AUAUGACAAAGAUACAUACUUAUUAUAUUUCAAAUAUUAAUACUGAACUUACUCAUGCUGCACCAAAUAUUGAAUUAGAUGAAUUACAGAAAAAAGUUUUGGAUGCAACUUUAUCUAUAGAAUUAAAAAAUGAGCUUAAAGAAGAAGAUAAUUAUAUAAUAGAUGAAAUUGAAGAAGAGCUUUUUAUAUUAGAAGAAAGUCAAAGUGAUGAUAUUUCUGUUGAAAGUGAAUUAUUAAUAAUCAGCAAUACUAUGGAUUUAAAUUUAUCUAAUUUUAAAAUACAACCUUUAGCAUUAGAUAAUUAUAGUUCUGAACCUAUUGUAGACAAAAUUGAAGAAGAUCAUAGCAAUGUAGAAUUCGAUGUUGAUGCUUUAGUAAAUAGCUUUGAUAUUUGA